UGCUAGAGCCGAGCUCGGCUGCAGACGUACUCUACUGCUGCGUGCCACGGUACCCCUCUCCCCCGGCAUCACGGCUGCACAGUAGCGCGAGAGAGAGAGAGUGAGAGAGAGAGAGAGAGAGAGAGAGAGAGAGAGAGAGAGAGAGAGAGCGAGCGAGCCUCCGUGCGGAAGCUCGAGCCAGCACGGACUCGACCAAAGCAGCGGCAGCGACGAGCUUGCGGAGAAGGGAGAAGCACACUCGGACCCAGCGAUUUCUCGCGGCUCGGAAAAAUUGACAAACACGGCUCGGUGUGUGCGUGCGUGGCUGCGUGAGUGCGCGCCGACCGCGGAGAUGCCCGUGCGAGCGUGUGUGUGCGGAGCAGCUAGCCAGGCCCGCAGACGCGAGCGAGCGGCCAGUCGCUCGUAGCUCGUAUUCGCGAGUGGUGCCAGCAGCCGCAAUAUACCAACUCUGACCAGCAGCAGCUCGGAGGUGCAGAGCAUCAUAGACUCGCUCGCGAGGGAGCCAGCGCUUCUCGGUGCUGCGUCGUCCCCGUCUUGGUCCUCGUCAGUGCGCGAGUGUUGCGAUUCCGCAGUCCAUGUAUAUCCUUGUCGCCCGUGUGUGUUUCAGUGCGCGCGCGUACAGGCCGUGAGCGCAGUAGCGGCAGCGGCGGCGGGUGGGAGAGAGAGAGAGAAUCUCUUCUCUCUCUCUCCGCUCCCCGUGUACCUACGUGGGAAUAGGUCAGCGUGCUACGGAGAGCACGGAAAGUGUGGCUGCCGCAGUGGUAGCAGGCCCCCUUCCUUCCUCUUCCGUCGACGAAAACAAAGCAAAUCUGGAGUCAGCGUCGCGCAGUGAAGUGUCGUCGUCGCCGUUAUCGUUGUUGUUGUUGUUGUUGUUGUUGUUAUCGUUAUCGUUAUCGCUGUUCUCGUCGUCCUCGUCGUCGUCGAAGCUCCGACACAGUGCGCGCGGGUGCCCGAAUCCUUGUUAAUUAUGAAGCGCAUGAAGAGCAGCAAGCACCUGAGCAGAAGUGGCAGUGCCGGGAGCAGCAGCAGCAGCAGUGGACGCGGCCCCAGCAGCGGCAAAAAAAGCGGCGGUGGCGGCAGCGCGAACGGCAGCAGCAGCAGCAGCAGGUGGGGCGGCAGCAAGCAUCAGAGAGACUCUAGCGGUGCGCGCCAGCGACGGUGAAUGUGCGACCCGGGGGCGGCGGUCGCAGCAGGAGGAGCAGCAGCAGCAGCGGGAGCAGCGGCGGCAGCGGCGACAGCGGUAGCGGCCGCGUCAUCAUCGGGAGCUGCUCUGCCGGCUGCCGUGGUCGGCGCCGCCGGCCACUACCACUACUACUUUUUCGAGGAAGCGGCGGAGGAGGCGGAGGAGCCAGGAGAGGAGAAGGUGAUAUCGAUAGCGAGAUCGACUUUGCCGGCGUCGUCGUUGCCGUCCCCGUCGUGGCGGCGCGACCACGUGAGGAGGAAGAAGAAGAAGAAGAAGAAGAAGCCGGAAGAGGAGGUGGUGGAGAAGGAGCUGCCUCGGCUGCGCCAGGAUGACGUGCGAGGACACGAGCGAGCAGCCCCCGGUGGACGACUGCCUCAAGGUGAGGAAGUGGUGGUGCUUCAUCCUCUCGAGCAUCUUCACCUUCCUCGCGGGCCUGCUCUUUGUGCUGAUCUACCGGGCGUUCGAGAUCAUCUGCUGCCGCAAGGAGCCCGAGUUCGCGCCCAAUGACCCCAAGCAGAAGGAGCAGAAGGCCGCCCGCCAGGGCAAGGACUUCGAGGGGACCUUCAUGACCGAGGCCAAGGAUUGGGCGGGCGAGCUCAUAUCCGGACAGACCACCACUGGACGCAUCCUCGUGGUGCUAGUUUUCAUCCUUAGCAUAGCAUCGCUUAUAAUAUACUUCAUUGAUGCCUCCAGCGAGGAGGUGGAGCGUUGCCAGAAGUGGAGCAACAACAUUACUCAGCAGAUAGACUUAGCUUUCAAUAUAUUUUUUAUGGUCUACUUUUUUAUACGCUUUAUCGCCGCCAGUGACAAGCUGUGGUUCAUGCUGGAGAUGUAUUCGUUCGUGGACUACUUUACGAUACCACCGUCUUUCGUCUCGAUCUACCUGGAUCGGACGUGGAUCGGACUGAGGUUCCUCCGAGCCCUACGACUGAUGACGGUCCCUGACAUCCUCCAGUACCUAAACAUUCUAAAGACAUCGAGCUCCAUUCGCCUCGCCCAACUCGUCUCCAUUUUCAUCUCCGUCUGGCUCACCGCUGCUGGCAUCAUUCAUUUGCUUGAAAACUCAGGGGACCCUUUCGAGUUCAAGAAUCCGCAACAGCUCUCGUAUUGGACCUGCGUGUACUUCCUGAUCGUGACGAUGUCCACGGUGGGGUACGGCGACGUUUACUGCCAGACGAUACUUGGCCGCACAUUCCUAGUAUUUUUUCUACUCGUCGGCUUGGCCAUGUUUGCUAGUAGCAUACCCGAGAUAAUAGAGCUCGUAGGCAAUAGGUCAAAGUACAGCGGCGAAUACAAGCGAGAACAUGGAAAGAGACACAUUGUUGUGUGCGGCCACAUCACCUUCGAGUCCGUCUCACACUUCCUCAAGGACUUCUUACACGAGGAUCGAGAGGACGUCGACGUGGAAGUCGUUUUCUUGCACAGGAAGCCGCCCGAUCUCGAGCUGGAGGGACUGUUCAAGCGGCACUUCACCACCGUGGAGUUCUUUCAGGGGACCAUCAUGAAUCCAAUCGAUCUGCAGCGGGUCAAGGUCCACGAAGCUGACGCGUGCUUGGUCCUGGCCAACAAGUAUUGCCAGGAUCCAGACGCCGAGGAUGCGGCAAACAUUAUGCGCGUCAUUUCUAUCAAAAACUACUCGGAUGAUAUACGUGUUAUCAUACAAUUGAUGCAAUAUCACAAUAAGGCCUAUUUAUUAAACAUUCCAUCGUGGGACUGGAAGCAGGGCGACGACGUGAUCUGCCUGGCGGAAUUGAAGCUGGGCUUCAUCGCCCAGUCCUGUCUGGCGCCGGGGUUCAGUACGAUGAUGGCCAAUCUCUUCGCCAUGCGUUCUUUCAAAACGUCGCCGGACACUCAGGCGUGGCAGAAUGAUUACCUGCAGGGCACGGGCUGCGAGAUGUACACGGAAACCCUCUCCCCGUCCUUUACCGGGAUGACAUUCCCCCAAGCCAGCGAGUUAUGCUUCACAAAACUGAAGCUGUUGUUGUUGGCGAUCGAGAUCAAAGGGGAAGGAGGUUCAGAUAGCAAGAUCUCGAUAAAUCCACGUGGUGCCAAGAUCGCUGCUAAUACUCAGGGAUUCUUCAUUGCUCAAUCAGCCGAUGAAGUCAAGCGUGCAUGGUUCUACUGCAAAGCUUGUCACGAAGACAUCAAAGACGAGACAUUGAUCAAGAAAUGCAAGUGCAAAAACUUGGGGCAGCAGCAGCGCUCCUGGGGCCGGGACCUAGUGGCCACAUUCCGGAAAGGCGUGCGGGCUGUUCAGAUGGUCGGAAGAGCAAGUGACGACUUCUCGUACGCAAACGACCACCAUCCUCCCCCCACAUUCACCCCGCCAGAACUGCCCAAGAUGGUUCACGUGAGAGGUGAAAUCAGUCGCGAUCUUGAUGAUCCGAACGCUAUGCGCAACCACCGAAAUUCCGUGGGAAUGACGACGAUGAACUCGACGAAGCAGGUCAACAAGGUGAAGCCGAACGUAAAUAGGACCGCCAGCGAGGGUUUGUCAAGCCCGAAUCAGCCGUACAAUCAGAGAUCGCAACAAGAGGAGUCCGCAUACGCUGGCUACCAUCUCGCCUACGAAGUGAAAAAACUCAUGCCGACGAACCGUGCGUCGGGCGGCUCGAACGUGAACAACAACGGUGGCCUGCAGAUCGGCAUCGCCGACGACCAGGCCAAGGACUUCGACUUCGAGAAGACGGAGAUGAAAUACGACUCGACGGGCAUGUUCCACUGGAGCCCGGCCCGAAAUCUCGAAGACUGCAUACUGGAUCGCAACCAGGCCGCGAUGACGGUGCUAAACGGUCACGUGGUCGUCUGCCUGUUCGCCGAUCCGGACUCGCCCCUCAUCGGGCUGAGAAACCUCGUCAUGCCGCUGCGAGCUUCCAAUUUUCAUUACCACGAGCUUAAACACGUAGUGAUAGUCGGAUCUGUGGACUACAUUAGGCGCGAGUGGAAGAUGCUCCAGAACUUGCCCAAGAUCUCGGUCUUAAACGGUUCGCCGCUGAGCAGAGCAGACUUGCGUGCCGUUAACGUGAAUCUGUGUGACAUGUGUUGCAUCCUGUCGGCUAAAGUGCCUAGCAACGAUGACCCCACCCUCGCCGACAAGGAGGCCAUCCUCGCGUCCCUCAACAUCAAGGCGAUGACGUUCGACGACACAAUCGGUGUUCUGAGUCAAGUUGGAAGUCCUAUCGUUCUCCAAAGAAGAGGAUCCGUCUACGGGGCGAACGUACCGAUGAUAACAGAGCUUGUCAACGAUAGCAACGUUCAGUUUCUCGACCAAGACGACGACGAUGACCCGGACACGGAGCUCUACCUCACACAACCGUUUGCUUGCGGCACUGCCUUCGCUGUUAGCGUGUUGGAUUCACUCAUGUCUACGACUUACUUCAACCAAAACGCACUGACUCUCAUAAGAUCUCUAAUCACUGGCGGUGCGACGCCCGAACUCGAGUUAAUCUUAGCCGAAGGCGCCGGAUUAAGGGGAGGUUAUAGUACUGCGGACAGUUUAGCAAAUCGGGAUAGGUGCAGGGUGGGUCAAAUCUCGCUGUACGAUGGGCCCCUAGCCCAGUACGGUGAGGGAGGCAAGUACGGCGAUCUCUUUGUCGCGGCUUUAAAGUCGUACGGAAUGCUGUGCAUUGGUCUGUACAGGUACAGAUUUCGCGACACGAGCUCGUCGUGUGACGCGUCCUCGAAGCGAUACGUCAUCACGAAUCCUCCUGACGACUUUACGCUGCUGCCAACCGAUCAGGUUUUUGUACUGAUGCAGUUCGACCCGGGCCUCGAGUACAGGCCCAGCCGCGGUGCCCGAGGCAAGGACGACGCCUCCUGACUGUUGCUGUGUAGCGCCCUCACCGACGGACCGUACUCCUACAUCUAAGCGCGAUACCUGCAUAAAGGUCGCGCCAACGUAGGACGUGCAAUUCUUGUGUGACAUCGUGCCGACGCUGAAGCCGCCAUCGCCAUCGCCACCUCGACACUCGUUAAUACGCUAUACCGCGCGUCCGUCGUACCCUCGCUCCUUGUCGAUCACCACGACUCACGAUGAAAAUCUCAAGCAAAAACAAAACGGACAUAGAAAGUAAAACCUGCAGCGUUUAAAUAUACGUACACACAGAGACACUUACACGGCCUUUCUCUAAGUGUACGCCUAGUAAAGAGGCCUAGGACCAGUCCCACGUACUACUACUGUUACCAAAACUAUAAUACUACUGCUGCACUGCUGUCACUGCAGAGUAGCUCAAUAACCCGGAUUUCGUUUUUUUUUUUUUGUUAUACUUAUUUUUCUGCUAUUCUUACCAUAGAAGCGGAACAGCUGAAACUUACCGUUAAGAGACGAUAUACGUGCACGCAUAUCGCAAUGAAAUAGUCGACCUUUCAAUCGUGUGCACGCGAUUAUGUAUACGACCAUCGUUUGAUAUUCUUUCUUCUGCAUAUUGUAUACGUUUCUAUACGUUUGCGUGUCAUUGUCUUUUUUUCUUUUUCUAUCGACGUCACGUUUAUAUAUGUGUACUGCAAAGUUUAUAUCGAGGCGAGAGAUCAGAGAGAUAACAGAUACCGAUACACGACUGCAAGACAAACGGAGCCAGGGAUAGAAAGACGAAGACAGAACGCACACGUGGAGAAACAGAGGAGAGAGCGCAAUGCGAGGGAGGACAAAGGAUGACGCGUCUCCGACAUGAGAGCAGUACGCGGAUACGGGCCAAAAUGCGCGAGAGAGGAGUAAACGCGUGCUUGUAAAAGGGGAGGCUGCGCUGCUGCUGCUGAAAUGAGUGACGGCACGAUCGAUCACGGUCCGAGGGCUGCUACACACAUGAUCUUAAAAUAUAAGGCGAACGAUGCAUCUAUCGAUGCAUACUGCAUCCUUUCUGCCUCUGUGGAAAAGGAUGGAGAAGAAGACGAAGCCGAAGUACAGGAGAAGAAGAAGAAAGCGCGAGUGUUUGCGUCUCGGAGUAUUUCGGAGCCCGCUAAUAUGCGAUGACGCGCUUUUUCCCGGCGGCACCGAGUCAGCUGCGACAGCUCGAUGUGUCUUGAAGGAUCACUAACGCGCGAGCGAGCUAUAGGCAUUACAUUCUUGCAUUCGAAAUUCUUUACGUGCAUCCAAAAAAAGAACAUUUUUGCAUCGUAACGUAUGGAACACUUUUAAGAAUAACGUUUAGAGAAUAAUAAUGGACGUAGAGACACGUUUAAACGCAGAGUAUAAUUAACAGUUAGCAAGAGAGACUUAUUAAGGAUUAAGGAUAACCUUUAUAAUAACGAUGAGAAAAUACUGUUUCUAAUAUAAUUGUAAUAAGUAACAUAAAUAUUUUACACAGAAUAUACGCUGCGGUGUAAUGAUUUCCGGACUAAAUUUAAAAUCUUAAAUAGAAGUAACGUUUACAUUGAACUAGAACGGUGAGACGAGGCGCGGUAGAGUAGCUUACGCGAUCUUCACAAACCGUUGCUCUCUGUCGGUAAACUCGCAAAUCGGAGACACUCUAAUGACAUUAGAAUUGCAUCUUUCUGGUUCUAAGUAUAUCGCUGUGUAUUACGAGCGCCGAAGCGUCAAAGCAUUAAUAUCCGCUAGCCUAAAACUAGCCAUGAACGUGUUUUCGGUGGUUUCGCGUUAGCAUGAGUCGUGUACUAAUACAUCUAAUAUUUGCUUAAAUCGUUUAAUACAUUUUUUACCGAGGCGCUUGUGCUCUUCGAGACACACGAAAUCGCGACGACGCUUUAAGCUCUAGCGACUAUCUCUAAUGCUAUUCAAUGCUAAUUAAGCACUGAACGCGCUUGGCUUAUGGGGCUCCAGAGACUUUCCGAGACGCUAACAGAAUCGCAACUCGUUAUAUAAAUAUAAAUAAUAUAAAUACUAUACAUAAGUGCAUCUUUAGAUAAGACAAACAUUGAUAUAUAAGGAUAAAAGCGCACGCGUAGAGAGCGCGCCGAAACGCGCGCGCGACGAACGCGCGCUGCUGCACGCCAAAGGCCAACUAUAAAACGCGAGAGAAAAGCUAAAUAAAAUAAAGAUAAAGAAUAACAAAAAAAAAAAUAAACAAAUAACUAAAUGAAUAAAAUAAACUAAGAUAUAAAACGGUGAAAUGAGCGAGGAACGUCUACGAUGUCGCGCGAAUACUCCGCUGCGAGUGCACAGCUAGGAAACGGAAAGAAAGAAAGACAUAGAAAGGAACACUUUACUUUCUGAUCGAAGGAGUUUGAACUUCUCUGCCACGUCACUUAACUUCUUUCAUUCGGACACAAAUAUACACAUACGCGAUACGUACACGCUGACACAACAAAAAAAUGUAUAACGUAAUGCCGUGGAAUUGACACUCGCGCGGAGAUAACACGCGACGAUGGCGUUUCUCAGACCUCAAUAAAACAUGAGCCCAAAGCGAGAAGAGAGAUAAAAUAAAAUAAUAUAAAAAUCGACGAUGUAGAAGCGAGGAAACUCCGGCUGACGAUAAGGGCGUCGAGGACACUCUUUGCCCCCUCGAGCCAUCACGAUGCAUACCCUAUGGUACGCGAUACCCAUGCGUAGCGAUGAGGAGUAUGCGAGAAGGAUAUAGAUAUAAUUAUACUUUUUUUUCGUUCGGAACAAAAAAAUACAGACAAAUUAACAAAAUAUAUACGUAAAGCGCGCGACAAACGAGAGUAAAGAAACGCAAGACUUUCAAAUGGGGUAAAGGGAGAAAAAACAGAGAUAAAAUAAAAUAAAUAUAGACGCGUAGAGGUGAGAUCGCACGUCGUCGGGGAUACAUAGCGAUUGCACAUCGCGUCCCGUGCGACGAUCGUGCGAAACUGCAAACCGUUUACGCGACGAAAAAGGUAAACAGAGAUAAAAAUAGGGAAAAUCUUUACCUCGUGUGUCUUGUCUAGGACUAAAUGAAGACUCUCAAUCAAGCACUUUGUACAGGUUCUAUAUACAUAUUAUACAUACAGAUGAUUAUUAUAAAUAAGAGGAAAAAUGAAACGUAAUGAUAAGGCAAAGACACCCUUUUCCACACGAUUUUGCGUAUAAAAGAAAAAAUCGGUUGUAUAUCGGUAUAUUUGCGGCAUAGAUAUAUAUGCACACACAUCGUGUGUAUAUAUAUAUAUAUAUAUAUAUAUAUAUACACACACACAUAUAUGUGUAUACAUAGACACUCUCUCUUUUAUAUAUUUUUGUGAAACUCACGUGUGUAUAUAUACGGACGUUCAUUAUAAUAUGCGACGAUACAUUAUGCAUAUAUCUCUAACUAUUAAGUCAUGUAUGAGAAAGACACGAAGUGGAGUUUAGCCAAGACAAAAAAAACAAAAACUUAAAAAAAAAUGAUAUUAAAUACAUGCGAGGUCUAUUUGUAAUAACCGGCGGCGCGUAAUCUAUGCGAAACAGAUGCGGUCGUCUUGCGUUGCACCGAAACAGAGUAUUAAUUUUUCCUAUUAGGAUUAAAUUUUUUUUUAAGAUUAACGCGAUUAAGAGACAUGGAAAUGGUGAUUACUCUAUUAAAAGUGUUUUAUAUUAAAAUAUCUGUUUCGUUGCAACAUGGAACGCCCGUUUCUACUUUUGCGCGCGACAACUGCAGCGACGAAGCGAUAAACGUACAUUCAUAACUCAAGAAUGUUAUGUAAAAUUAAGUGGUUCAAGUGCGGCAUAGUCAGACGUCAUCUGCCUUAUACGUAGGAGGUGAAAAGAAAAUCAUUGAAAAUCAAAGUAUGUUUUCUUUGGUGCUUCAAACGCUUUAUAAAGUAAACAACUGUGGCUCUCGAUGAAUGAAUAUAAUCUGAGUAUUAGAGAAUGUUGUUGUUUGUUGCACUAUUUAUUUAUAGUAGUGAGUAACGAGUUGAAAAUCUAUAUAUAAAUAGCUAUAAAUAAUUGUGCUGUUAAACGAUUCGGAUUUCAUUGCUUUUUUUUAAUGCUAAAUUUUCAACAUAGAGGGUGAUAAGUAUCAAUAUACCUUGUUGAUAUUACUUAAUUAGAUACUCGCCUUUUUUAUUUUAUUUAUGUUAAUCUAUGUAAUAUAUUAAACGUACGAAUCUUUGAGUCUUUUUCAGAAAGAUUAUACGAACAUAAGUAAUUGAUAAUUCGUGAAUAAAAUCGAUGUAAAUAGAUAAUAAUGACUGUCAGGAAAUAUUUGUAAGUAAGCAAUUAUUUGUAAAAAUGUGCUGUUGAGAAAAAGAAAAAAGCUAAUAAUGAGUAUUUACAAAUGAUAAACGCCAGAAUUUUAUGUUCUCGUGAUCACGAUCAUUCGUUAAUAUUCGUGCGCAAUCCAAUGGUUUCUUUUCAUUCCUCCAAGGCAGAUACGUUCACUCUCACGCGGGCGUAAGAACACGAAUAACAUAGAUGUAUAGAAAGAAUAGUUGGCGCGCGAAUUCAUCGUGCGAAGGGCAAAGGCCAAUGAAAAACACAGUAAAUUCAAAGUUCAAUGAAACGAAAAAAAAAAAUAAAAUAAAUCAGCGAAGGAAAAAGAGAAAUACUAGCUGUGGUAGAGGCUGCCGUGUUCGUUACAUGCAUUAAAAAAAAAAUUAAAAAGCAAAAGGUGUAUUAAGAAUUAAAAACCGCUGAUGCUGCUGUUGCUGCUGUUGCAAUAUCCACGUGCACUGUUCACUGCCACCGCAGUUCGUGUUAUUUAACGUAUAUAAAAAUUAUAUACCUUUACAUGUACACACGUAUACAUAAAUACAUUCACACAAACACUUACUCGAAAACAGAUAUACAGACAUUGUACACAUGGCUAAGACAUCGCGGCGAGGAGGUCCGGCGCGCAGCGGAAAUAAAACGAUAAUCAUCCCGCGGUCGGUCGAGUUUCAUAUAACUAUCUAUACACAACACUUCGAUCUAGCUCUCGUUCUCUAUAUUUCAUAUCUCCGUCUCUGUCUCUGGAUUGACAAGGUGCGUGGUUAACCCAAGGAAUUUUUUUCGCGGUCGCGUUGUAUCAGUUUUCUAGUUACUGAUGUCACGGCUCUCCUUUUAAUGCAUUCGAUUUUCUGUCAGAUUAUUUCACUUUCUUUUCACUUUCUGGCGUGUUUUUUUAAUCUAAGUAUAAGCUUUUAUGUAAACUAUUAGUCGGCCGCGAAAUUCCUUCAUGAAUCCUUCUCACCCGCCUCGUCAUUUUCUGCGUGUUCCUCGACGUGUCUCGAUCUACGUGAUUUCUGUAAAUUUUGUCUUAUAGACGUACGAUUAAACUUUGAAUAGUUCGAGGCUUUCGUGAACCGAUAACGUUUCUUUUUAUGAUGAGAAGCUGUUAAAAUACCUGCUCAAAGCUAAAAGCUCUUUUACUUAUUGAAUUUUUCUAUUUUAUUCACGUUAAACCUACUAAUCGGUAUUUUAUUUUCUUCAUCGCAAAUGAUUUUACGUAGGUUGAGUGGCCGUAAAGGUAUUUUGAACGCUUCUCGAUCAUCAAAAGUAAAUUGUCUUAUCAAAGAAUGCCUAGAGACGAGAAGAAUAUAUAUAUAUAAUAUAAAUCCAUUCGCCGAGCAGCCAUCGGGGAACUAAAGACUGCUGACUUAAAUGUGUACGUAAAACGUUAUAAUAAAAAAAAAAUUGAAUAAAUAAGAAGUUUUUUGCAAACUCGAUCGUAAUUCGUAGCAAAAGCGCGCGUAAACUGUCGAGCUUUCGCAACCGGCAAAGUAAACCUUAGAUAUAUAUAGAUAUAUAAAUUUAAAAAGAACGCGUCGCGCACAUCGUUGAAAGAGGUAACCGAAUAGAUUCCUUUAUUGCUCUCUCCUCUUCCAAGGCUGUAUAAAAAUAAAACUAUAAAAAAAACAUGGCAAAACGCUCCGAAAUCCCGACCUCGCUCGCCCCGGUGAAUUAAGAAAAAAAUACAAAUUCGUGCAUUAGAUUCGUGCAAGUCGUUCAUUAAUUCGUGAAAGCCUUGUGUAGUUUAUUAGAAAAGAUCGUGUUUUCGCCUCGCCGAAUCGUCCGACGAUCCUCUAGGGCUUUACAUACUUCACCCGUGCCCCUUUUGUGACUCCUUAUUUAUGUACGCGUUUGAUUGCGAUUACUAUGCGUUUUAUUUUUUUAUUCGUUUGUAAUAUUCUUUCAGGAGUGUGCGAAUUUUUCAAGUGAUGUGUGAGCAAGAAAUGUAAAAAAAAAUAUGUAACAAAUAAAAAAAGUACUUAGUGCCGUACGGAUGUAUAAUAAUAGUAUAGCUUAUUGGACUAUUACAUUUUGUUAAUUUAUUGAUGUGUAAAUGGCAAAUUUCAGAGUUUUCUUUUGUUAAAUACAUGGCAUGAAAUAGUAAAUAUUUGUCUAAACAUGCAAUUUUAAUCAAUUGUUAAGAUUAAUUGUUUUAUACACUCAUAACAGCCACAAUGGCUAUUUUCGUUAAAUUUGACAAAUACUCAUUUAUAUAGUUAUAGCUUGUUCUACUUUUACUGUGUCGUGUAGUCUAUGUCUACUGCUGUUAAGUUAUUAUUUGCUAUCACUGUGAAUCAGAGACUUUAUAUCAAUUAGAAUAGAAACGCAUUGGAUGUAUGCAGAUUUAUAGCUAUAUACUCAAUCGAUUUCAUUUAUACGCAGAAAAUUUUCGCACACUCAAAGAUUAUGAUAAUAAUCAAUUGAGUUCCUUUUUUAAAACUAUUAGAAGAAUAUGAUAAGGGAAAAGGGAUCGUCGGUAUCUGCGAGGUGCGGGUUACUCGCGCACUCUCUUUAAAUAAUUAAAUCAUGCACCAAAUUGAAUCGAUUCAUUCAUCCUUAUACCAUUCAAUUCUCGUGCACACUACGUGGAUAUCUCUACCGUGGUGCACAUUUUGCAUGUAUGUGGAACGUAUGUAAUAUUAAAAGUAAGGCGAAAGAAGAAAACGUUGCAAACAAAACAAAAAAAAAAUACUGCGGAACAUUAUAUUAUAACAGAGUGAGGAAUUUCAAAAUGCAAUGUAAACGAAACCGUGAAAUUGAAUGAUUGUAUAGCAAAAUUGAUGAGCUGAAAUGAAGCAAGCAAAAUAAGAGAAAAAUUACCUUACUGAAUUGAAGACAACGUUAUGUCAUUAAGCAGAUACGAUCGGAUUAUAAUGCUCUGUGUGGUGAAAGACAAAUCUGAAAUAGUAAACGAAAUGCAAGUAACGCGAAAAAAUACAGAACGGAACAUAAUGAAUGAACAAAAACAAACAAGGAAAAUGUAAUACGCAAAGAAUUAUAAAGAAAAUAGGCGCGCAGAGCGUACGCCACCUUUAAUGCCUCAUUGAACCUCAUCUAAUGCUUUUUUAUCUGUACAUUUACAAUUUGUGUACCAAUGAGGAACGUUGUUUAAUCAUGUUGUUGAUGUUAUUGUUAAAGAAUGAGAUUCAAUAUUGUACAUAACUAUAUUCAUUAUAAUUGAUGAUAUAAAUAAUUAUAUACAUAAAGAGAAAAAGUGAAAACAAAGAGAAUACGAAUAAUGCCAUAAUUCCCGUUUAAUCCGUGUUUUUACACUUAUAUACACAUGCAUAAAACACAAUGGACACGACAACACAAAUAAACUUUCAAAGACGUUUUUUUAUACAUACGAGUAUAAGAAUGAAGGAACUCUAUAGAAAUAUGAACUCCACCGAAUAUACAGACAUACCAACACAACAUAUAUUACACGAAACUGUUCUCCCUUUGGGGAAAUGACGAGAUAGCCUGUGAACAGAACGAAACCGUAAGGUUCGUCCACACACCGUCGAGAGAUCCUCUCCCCCGCCACCCCACGACAAUGUCUAAUGUGAUCCCUAUUGUGUAAUUGAAUCUACAUUAAAGUGAUAAGUACGAGUUUUACGUAAAAAAAUAAAUUGAAA